UUUUCUCGAUUCCAUUCUCUCUUUGAACGGAAGGAACCUGCAACAAAAGAGUGUUCAUCUCGAAAUCGACGGCAACGAACCAUUUUCAGCUCAUCCACCUGCUAUAAAUCGCAUCAGUGUUAACCGAUAGCAGCCAAGGAUACUUGAAAUACUGUACUUUUGUGUGUGUGUGUGAAUUGUGGUGAUUCAAUGGCUUCAACUGCUAUACCUUCUGGUGCAUUGGUUAUUCUACAAGAACUCAACUCUUCUUCACUACACUUCAAGCAGGGGGCAUCCCUUCGGGUUACUGGAAAGUUACAAGAGUAUAAUGUAGAGACGGCCAUUGCUGUUAUUGCUGAUGGAGGUGCCACGCUGGCAGUCGACACUCAGCACUUAAGACUUAAUCUUCGAAUGGGCUCCAUCUACCAAUUCAUUGGAGAACUUUCCAUUCAGCCAAGUAAUGAGGGGAUACUGAAAGCGAGAGUGGGUAGAAAUGUAGAUGGGAUUGAUCUUAAUCUGUACCACCAGUCUUUGAAGCUCGUAAGACAAUUUCAAUCUGAUCAAAUCAGCCAUUUGGAGCAGCUACAAUAAGCAAAACUUGAGAACACCCAACCAUGGUUUGGCCAGUAAGUGUUUUCUUUGGAUAGAGUCGACAUGUGUGCGCCAAUAAGCUUGUAUAUGCAAUCUUUCAAUGACCGAUCUACGAUGAACAUGUUUGGAUGAAUAUAUAUAUAUAUAUAUAU